AUGCCAUCUUUUCCUCCUUCCUCUGCUUGCCUGGCCAAGUGUCCACUCGUAUCGAUAGGCCCCUGCAAACUCUAUCUUCCCCAGCCUGCCAGCGGCGCCAUUGCCGUCGUUGCUCGCAGGUCGCAGCUAUGGGCUUGCGGAUGGUGCGCGGCCCUUGCUGCUGCUCGCCCUCGCCGUCUUCCUCCUCCUCGUCGCCGUCCUCCUCGCCAUGGAUGCUGCUGCAGCCCCAGCUCCCGAAGCAUCAUCCCCAAUCUCCAUUGAGUGGAAGGUCAGUUUGUUCUGAAUCCCUGAGGGUCCUGGCCUUGCAUCUGUUGCUCAAUCGGCGUGCGAGUCGCAGCCGUAGCCAGGGCAAUGACAUCCUGAGAACCUCCGCAUCUUCAUCCGGUCUGAUGCAAAUCACAGAGCGCAAGUCAAGCAGCUCGCCAAAAAUCAAGGUGGAUGCAGAAAGAACGGCCCUUGACAGGAAUGCGCAGCACUUGGACAGGAUUUAUGAAGACAUGUCUCCUUGGAUGGAUACAACUUCUUACACAAGUAGCAGCUUGGAGUAUAGCCUCUUGAUGCAGAACAUCCAUGCGUUAGAAAGUAGUUUGGCUGGACAAGACCUGGUGCUGCUGGAGAGGAAUAUCCUUGUACAUAUCGAACAGCUUGGCGCUCUGCAAUUGUUCAACGCGUCGAGGUCCAGGGCUAUCGUAACACAGACCUCACAUGAAUCAGACUUUGCACUUCCUGGGAGUGUUGCCGAAUUUGAUCCAGUGACUCCUCUCGGAGAAGAAAGCGAUCGACUAAUUGUUCGAAGCGGAAAAAGCCAAGAGAGGAAACUGAAGAGAAUUAGAUCAUUGGAAAAGGUCUCAGGGGUUUGCGUAAAGGCGUCCUCGCGAAAACAGAAAAAAUCGUGCAAGUCCAGUAGUAGUCAAUUUAUCGCUGAAUGGAAGAACUACCCAGGACGACGAAGGAGCAUCGUACGAGAACAAUCGGCAUUGUUGAUGACUAUCAAGGAGUGUGCAAACCUUGAGAAAAUCAGAGAAAAUAUGGUGAAAGAAGGGCAGGAGGUCAGCUAUGAUAGGUGGGCUAAGGCAGCUGGAGUUGAUGAAGCAGUUCUGAAGAGUAGACUGCAAGCAGGUUACUUCUGCAGAGAGAGGCUAUUGGUGACCACCGAAUGGCUUGUCAAGUACAUUGCGAGGACAUACACUGGAAUGGGAACAGCUUUUGAGGAUCUACUCCAGGCUGGGAAAAUGGGUGUCCUUAAUGGCGCCGAUAGGUUUGACAGCAAUAAAGGGUGCAAAUUCUCGACAUAUGUGAAGUACUGGAUAAGGAAAGCGAUGCUAGCACUCCUCGCUGAAAAUUCUGGAGUAAUCCAGCUACCUGCAAGGAUGGAGAGUAUCAUCCGCAAAGUGAAGGAAGCUAAACGGGCAAUCCGAUCCAGCACAGGGAGGAAUCCAAUAGACGCGGAGAUUGCUACCUUUGUUGGUGUGUCGGUUUCCAACGUUAGAUUGGCAAGGAAGUGCUCUCGUCGCGUCGUUUCACUCUACAUGGAGAUCGGAACCGGACAGAACGCCAAGUUCAUGGAGGUGACCCCAGACACGUCCCUGGAAGCUCCGGACGAGGCCAUCUUCCGGAAGCAGCUGAGGGAGAGGCUGCUGCUUGUCCUGGACAGGCUCCCGGCAAGAGAAGGGCAUGUUCUGAAGCUGCGGCACGGGCUCGAGGACGGCAAAUGCAGGUCCCUGGAGCAGAUCGGGGGCAUCUACCAUGUGUCCAAGGAGUGGAUCCGGAAGAUCGAGAAGUCGGCCAUGUCCAGGCUCCGGAACGAGGAGGACGUGCACCAUGACCUCAAGGACUUCUGUGGAUUCUAGUGCAGUUUUGGCACAAGAGGAGCUCAGCCUAAUCCAUGGGCGAGGCCAUUGAUGAUUGUGAUAGGAUUCAGACAGGAGUUUGUAUAUAUUUACAACAUCACACUGCACUGAAUGACACACUUGUCCUGAUGAUGAUGAAUGAGUAGCAACUAGCACAUACUUAAUUAUAUAUGCAGAUUCUGCGCAAAAAAUAUAUACAUGCAGAUGUAAUACAGGAUUAACUUGAUUA